AUGCUGGAAAGAGAGAUGAUGGACAUGUUCAUUAAUACUCUAGAGGGCCAAUAUUACUCCGCCUGCUCUCCAUCUUCGAGCUUCGCCGAUCUGGUUAUGAUUGGUGAACGAAUUGAAAGUGGGAUUAAGGCUGGAAGAAUACAGAAUCCAAGUGCUGCUAGUUCUUCCUUUGGGACUGGUGGAAAGAAGCCAUACAACGGAUUUGCCAAGAAAAGAGAGGGCGAGACUAGUGCUGCUUACUAUGGUGGAGGCAGAAAUCAGGCUUAUCAACAAGUAGCCGCUGUGACUAUACCAAAUGUUCCUUUCCAAGAUCAACAACAAGGGUAUCCACCACGACAGUAUCAACAACGACCGAAACUGCCAGAAAGGGUUUUUGAUUCGAUCCCGAUGACAUAUGCACAAGUAUUGCCAUAUCUCCUCGAUUUGAAUUUGGUCCAAUUGAGGACUCUGGCCACUCCUGCUAAGUUGCCUGCCAGUUGGGAUGCCAAUGCAAGAUGUGAGUUCCACUAUGGGUCACUUGGACAUAAUAUUGAAAACUGUAAAGCAUUGAAGCAUAAAGUCCAGGAUCUUCUCGACUCUAAAGCCAUCGAGUUCACUCCUACUCAAGGACCUAAUUUUGUUCAGAAUCCUAUGCCUCCCCAUGGAGCUCAUGCGGAAAAUGCCAUUGAGGUUGUUGAAGAUGCUCACCUGGUCAAGGAUGUGAUCGAAUUGGGCUCAUUGUUGCCAUUAUUGAAGAAGGAACUAUUGAGGAUGGGUCUAUACGCUGGUUGUGGAGAAUUCUGUACUGAUUGCAUGGUCAUUUCCUCAGUUUGUGAUAAGGUGAAAAGUGGGAUUCAACAGUUGAUGGAUAGUGGGUACCUACAGAUUGAGCGUGUGCGACGUCCGGAAAUGGUUGAGAACGAGGUUAACGUGGCUUCCAUUCCGUAUACUCCGGCCAAGAUUCCAAUUCAUGCUAGAGCACCUCCUUUGGCCAUUACAUUGUCUGGUCCCGUCCCGUAUAACAGUGAAAAAGCAAUCCCAUGGAAUUAUGGGGGAGAAGUUUUCUACCAAGGGGCCAAGUACGAGAUUAAAAUGCCAGUUGAGAAAGAAGAUGUGAAUAAUGUCGUUGGAGUUGGGAGAAUGACAAGGAAUGGUCGUAUUUUCAAUCCUCCUCAGAAUGCCCGUGAUGAUAAUGCCGAAGCUCUAGCUCAGGCUAAAAGGAAAAGAGUGGUAGAAGAUACAGUGGAUCAAGGACAAAGCUCUAAUUCUGAAGACACUGUAGCCAAAGAAAUGGAAGAGUUCCUAAAGAUCAUCAAGAAAAGUGAGUAUAAAGUGGUUGACCAGCUGAGUCAAACUCAAUCAAAGAUUUCGAUCUUGCAGUUGCUCUUGUGUUCGGAGACACAUCGAAAUGCUUUGUUGAAACUUUUAAGUACCGCCUUUGUCCCUCUGGAGAUCUCAGUGAAUCAACUUGAAGGGGUGGUGUCAAACAUCAAUGCUGGUAAUGGAUUGGGAUUCACCGAUGCAGACUUGCCUUCCGAAGGUAGAAACCACAAUAGAGCUUUGCAUAUAUCGGUAGAGUGUAAAGGGACUAUGUUAUCACGUGUUCUCGUGGAUACUGGAUCAUCUUUGAAUGUACUACCGAAGUCGUCCUUGAUGAGGCUGGAUUAUUCUGGUGUUGAGAUAAGGCCGAGUGAAUUGACAGUGAGAGCCUUUGAUGGCUCAAAGAGAUCAGUGUUUGGGGAGGUUGACUUGCCGAUAAUGAUAGGCCCUCAGCUCUUCACUAUUACUUUCUUCGUGAUGGAUAUCCACCCGUCUUACAGUUGUCUCCUGGGACGCCCAUAG